AUGCUCCUGUCCCAAUCCUUGCUCAACAUCUCCUUCUUCCAGCCACCUGCUUUCCUCAUGAGUGGCAUCCCAGGGAUGGAGGCUGUUCACGGCUGGAUCUCCAUCCCCUUCUCCUCCAUGUACACAAUGGCCCUCACUGGAAAUAUCCUCAUCUUCCUCGCUGUGAGGAGGACUCCAAGCCUGCACCAGCCCAUGUACUACUUCCUGUGCAUGCUGGCCCUCACCGAUGUGGGCCUCACCUUGUCCACACUGCCCACCACACUGGCAGUGCUCUGGUUUGACCAUCGGCUCAUUGCCUUCCAUGCUUGCUUGGUUCAGAUGUUCUUCCUGCACUUCUUCUCGGUAGUGGAGUCCUCAGUGCUCCUGGCCAUGUCCUUUGAUCGCUUUGUGGCCAUCUCUAACCCCUUGCACUAUGCAGCUAUCCUCACAAAUAGCAUCAUUGUCAGGAUGGGACUGGCCAUUGUGGCUCGAGCCACAGUGUCCCUCUUCCCUCUGCCUUUCCUCCUGAAGCGACUGAACUAUUGCCCUGGCAAGAUCCUCUUGUCACACUCGUUCUGUUUCCAUGCAGAUGUCAUGAAACUGGACACAGCUGAUAACUCAAAAAGAAACCAUGAAAUUGGACCUAGCACAGUACCCUAG